ACACUUUGGCUGCCUAUCCUUGUGGCUCAGACCACACCCCUAGUCCCAUGGCGAGUCGAGUACCACUUGAAGCGGCACCGGUCCUGGAAAAGUCAGAUGCCCGACUGACGGCCGUGGCUGCCAGCAUCGAAGACGGACACACGGUUGUUUUCCUGGGAGACAGCCAAGGCCGGCUACACAAGGGCUACAUGGAAGCAACAGGAGACACCGUCCUAUAUGCUUCUUUGAUGAUCCAGCCGAACAGUGCAGUAUGUAGAGACCUCCUGUUUGACCAGGCUAAGGAGCACCUCUAUGUUAUGACUCAGUCAAUGUUGGCCAAAAUUCCCAUCUUUGAAUGUUCCCAGUUCUCUGAUUGCAAGUCAUGUUUGGCAGUGAAAGACCCAUAUUGUGGCUGGUGUGUUCUUCAAGGAAAAUGCAGCCGUCGCUCUGAAUGCACCAGGUUCCAAGUGAAAGAACAGUGGCUAUGGGGCUUUCAUUCCACCCAGCAGUGUCUAUCCAUCCUCUCUCUGAGCCCCGCCAGCAUCAGCAGGGAAGAACAGAAAAAUAUAUUCCUGACUUUUUCGGACUUGCCAGCUCUACAGGAUGGAGAGUCCUAUUCAUGCUUCUUUGGAGACUAUAAGAGCCCAGCUCUAGUGAUGGGCUCAGGCAUUAUGUGUCCCUCCCCAGAUCCCAACCAAGCCCCAAGUUUGAAUGCAGGGACAGACCAUAUCACCAUCCAGCUGGAGGUGCGCUUCCACGACAUCUUCAUUGCUUCAACAACUUUCUCCUUUUAUGACUGUACUGCUGUGGCUUCACUGAGGAGAUCUGCACCAUGCCAGGGAUGUGUGAGCAGCCAUUGGGGGUGUAAUUGGUGUGUCCAUCAACACCUCUGCACGCACAAAACUAUCUGUGAAGAUGGGUCCAUCAUCUACAAUAAGAAGGCAAAAAUACUGCACUCUAGCCCGUUACCUUCCUCAGCCAUUCCAAGUACAGCACAGUCAUCUUUGCCAAUUGUGGCCACUGAACCCCCUGUCCUCUCAGAAACACCUGGGACUACUUCCGUGCCUACUCCCACCACCAUCCCCAUUAUCUAUACCAGCCUGCCAGCCACUUCUACCCUGACUACUUUGAAGCCUGAAGCCCUUACUUUCACAGAGGCACCUCUGUCCACCACAGGUGCUGUUACGUUGCUGGAGACAACCUGGGAUUCUCUGACAUUGCCUUCUACUCAAGGGCCUACUACUGCAACUGCUGGUCCUACCUCAGAGCAUCUCUCCAGCAGCCAGCUGGAGAUACUUUCUUCCACAAUGCAUCCUACCUCAGAACCAGUCACAGAUCCUGAAGAUGGCUCUACUGAUUCUUCCUCUACUGUCAUGUAUAGCACACCCCAGCCUGUUCUAGUGGGAAAGACUCCUUCCCUUGAGGCUGAAAGUUCCUCCACUCCAUCUUCUGCCCAGAAAGUCCCUACAUCUUCUCUCCUAAAUCCUCUAACCCCUAACCAGACUGGAAGCCCUUCCACAUCUUCUGCUGAUGUACCACCAAUUGACCUGGAGACUGAGCUGCCCAUUUUUGAGUUGCCUUAUCCUACAGACCUUCCAAAGUGGCUUCCUCCUGAAGACAGCACAGAAUCCAAGGAGAGUGAAGAAUGGAUGGUUUCACUGCCACCGGAAAAUGACACAUCACCCUUCUCUGCGUCCAUCCUUCUCUCAGGUGAUGGAGACUCCUCUGAAAGUGACAUCUCUGAUUUUCCUCGAAUUCUGAACCCAGCACUAGACUAUCAAUAUGAUGCACCUGGAUUUCUGGAUUUGACAGAGGAGUACAGCUGGGGGCCCGAAGCCUGCCCCUGUGUGAGGGGCAUCCAGGGAUCCUCUCUGAUGCCAGUCAAUGUGCAGAGAAAGAUCACCCUGAUUGGACAAAACUUCCACCUCUAUCAGGACCAGCUUUGGGACUAUGAAUGCGCCUUGGUUCUGGAGGGGAAAACUUUGUCAGUGGAGGCUUAUAUUGAACAAGAUGAAAAUGACCCCUCGAUUUGCUACAUCACAUGCCAGUUGGAUCAGUACAGCUACUCGGCUCCCCAACUAGAAUUCAGUGUGGUAAUUUUCGUGCAGCGGAAACGGCAUCUCCGUGUGGACAGUGUUGAAGAUCUCCAUGUGACCUUAUACAACUGCUCGGUGGGACACUUAGAUUGCAGCCGCUGCCAAACCGCUGAUGCCAAGUAUAACUGUGUGUGGUGUGGAGGAGAGCAGCCUGGCUGCCUGUUCCAAGACUCCUGCAAAGAAGAGGUUGCAGACACAUGCCCGGCCCCGCUGAUUCAUGCAGUUUACCCCUUAACUGGUCUGGUUGAAGGUGGCACCAGAAUCACCAUUACUGGUUCGAACCUUGGUCAGAAGCAUCAAGAUAUUGCAGAGUCUGUCACAGUUGCAGGAAUCCCCUGUGAAGUUGAUGCUCUGGUGUAUGAGAUCUCCAGCAGUAUCGUAUGCACCACGGGCAGAAGCGGCACAGAGAGGUCCGGGCAUGUGGUCGUGGAAGUUCCUGGAGGUGGGCAAGGCAUCUCUGGUCACGUAUUCACCUAUCAGAAUCCAGAGUUGAAAUCCGUUUCUCCAGCUCGAGGCCCCAAGGCGGGAGGAACCUGCCUCACACUGACCGGAUCGAAGCUGCUGACUGGAAAUCCCAGCAGAAUCAGCAUUUGGGUUGGACACUUCCCUUGCUACAUUCAUUCUGAGGUGCAGGAAGAUGAGUUGCUGUGCCAGACAAGUGCCAGUAAUGUGUCUACAGAGUUUUCCAUCACAGUCAAGUAUGGUGAUCAAGAACGGAAGUUGAAGCAUUCCUUCUUCAAAUACACCCUUGACCCCAACAUCACCUAUGCAGAACCAGCCAAGAGUUUCCAGAGUGGCGGGCGAGAGAUAAGAGUUCAUGGGCAUAACCUCGAUGUCGUGCAGUGGCCAAAAGUCCGUGUCACAGUUUCACCCUUGGAGCGCCGACGACGGGGAGUGGGAAGGUGGCGUAGGAUUAUCCCAGAAACAGAAUGUCUAGAGAAUGCUCUCUGCAGUGUCCAGCAAUUUGAAGAGCCAUGUGAAGUCAACUCUUCCAACCUCAUACUUUGCAAGACACCAGCUAUUAAGCCAUUGUCCCACUCCAUUCAAGUAAAACUGGAGUUUGUCCUGGAUAAUCUCAGCUUUGACUUCAAUGCCUUUCAUCCCACUGGCUUUUCUUAUGAAGUUGACCCCUUCCUGAAGCCCCUCAAUACAGACGAUCUCACCAAACCGUACCGUCACAAGCCUGGAAGUAUCAUCUCCGUGGAGGGAGAGAACCUGGACCUGGCCAUUUCUAAAGAUGAAGUAAAAGCCAUGAUUGGAGUUGGGAUCUGCUCAGUCAAGACCCUCACAAAGAACCACCUGUAUUGUGAGCCUCCCACUGAGCAACCAGCCCCCCAACACCGGGCUAAGCGGGAAGGCACUGACUCCCUGCCAGAGUUUACGGUUCAAAUGGGGAACAAGAACUUCUGGCUUGGUCGUGUGCAAUAUGAUACAGAGAGUCAGCUCACCUUCCCGCUGGAGGCCCAGAUUGGCCUGGGAGUGGGAGCUUCUUUUGUGGCCUUGAUCGUUCUCAUCAUCGUCUUCAUCUACAGGCGGAAGAGCAAACAGGCCCUGAGAGAUUACAAAAAAGUUCAAAUCCAGCUAGAAAAUCUGGAAACAAGUGUCCGGGAUCGGUGCAAAAAAGAAUUUACAGACCUCAUGACUGAAAUGAUGGAUCUCACCAGUGACUUGGUUGGCACCGGGAUUCCUUUCUUGGAUUACAAGUCCUAUGCGGAACGCAUCUUCUUCCCGGGUCACCGUGAAUCACCACUGCAAAGGGACCUGGAUGUGCCUGAAUCCCGGAGGCAGACGGUUGAACAAGGUUUGGUGCAGCUUUCUAAUCUCCUCAACAGCAAGCUCUUUCUCACCAAGUUCAUUCACACCUUGGAAAUUCAGCGCACAUUCUCUCCAAGGGACCGAGCUUAUGUUGCAUCACUUCUCACAGUUGCCUUGCAUGGGAAACUCGAGUACUUCACAGAUAUCCUCAAGACUCUCCUGAAUGACUUGGUGGAGCAAUAUGUGGCCAAGAACCCAAAGCUGAUGCUGCGAAGGACAGAAACUGUGGUUGAGAAGUUGCUGACCAACUGGAUGUCCAUCUGUCUCUACGCAUUUGUAAGGGACUCUGUUGGGGAGCCCCUCUAUAUGCUCUUCCGAGGUAUCAAGCACCAAGUAGACAAGGGACCUGUGGACUGGGUAACUGGGAAGGCUAAGUACACCCUGAAUGACAACCGACUUCUCCGAGAAGACCUGGAAUACCGCACACUGACGUUAACUGCACUGUCUCAAGCUGGGAACACAGGGGGAGGAACAGAGGGCAGCCAGGGAGUGUUGGUGAAGGGUCUGGAUUGCGACACAAUCACCCAAGUGAAAGAGAAGAUCCUGGACCAGAUCUACAAAGGGACACCUUAUUGCCAUCGACCUGACCCGGACUCGCUUGACUUGGAAUGGCGGUCCGGGCUGGCGGGGCACCUCAUCCUCUCUGACGAGGACGUGACUUCGAUCGUCCAGGGCAGCUGGAAGCGGCUUAACACGCUGCAGCACUACAAGGUGCCUGACGGAGCCACUCUUGCACUGGUUCCUCGAAUGACCAAGCACCUUCCCAGGGAGAAUCAGGAUUACAUCCCUGGAGAGAAAACUCCUAUGCUGGAGGAUGCAGAUGAGGGUGGCAUGAAGCUUUGGCACCUGGUGAAGCCGACCGAGGAGCCUGAGCUACCUAAACAUCGGCGAGGGAGCCUGCGGGAACGGGAAAGAGCCAAAGCCAUUCCUGAGAUCUAUCUAACUCGCCUCCUUUCCAUGAAGGGGACACUGCAGAAGUUUGUAGAUGACUUAUUCCAAGUGAUCCUCAGUACCAAUCGUCCUGUCCCACUGGCUGUGAAAUAUUUUUUUGACCUGCUAGAUGAGCAGGCACUGAAUCAUGGGAUCACAGAUCCAGAAACCAUCCAUAUCUGGAAGACAAAUAGUCUGCCCUUAAGGUUUUGGAUCAACAUCAUCAAGAACCCCCAGUUUGUAUUUGAUGUGCAAACAUCAGAUAAUGUGGAUGCUGUGCUCUUGGUCAUUGCUCAGACCUUCAUGGACUCCUGCACCAUCGCUGACCACAAACUGGGUCGGGAUUCCCCAAUUAACAAGCUGCUCUAUGCUCGUGACAUUCCACGCUACAAACAGAUGGUGGAAAGGUAA